AUGAAGUUUUCCGUGAUCGCAGCCGUGGCCUUCUCGGCCGCCUCGGCCAACGCCAUCGCCAUCGCGGCGGCCGAGGCCAACCCUUCCCCCGAGGCAUGGUGCUUCUGGAAGGGCGAGGGCUGCUGGAAGGCGAAGCGGGCGGCCGAGGCCUUCAGCUCGGCCCUGCAGUCGACCGGCGGGUACAAGGAGUCCCGCGCCGCCGACAUCUCGAACCAGCCGGGCGGCGCCGCCUACCACGCCAAGAGGAACUUUGAGCAGCUCGCCGCCAUCGUCGCCUCGGUCUACCCCAGCCCGGAGGCCCUCUACGAGGACCUCAACCUCAUCGGCGCGUUCCCCCCGGACUCCAACCUCACCAUCCCCGAGGGCCAGGGCCCACCGCCGCCGUCCGGCCUCGCGGCCCGUGACGAGGCCGCGGCCAUCGACCCGAGGUGGUGCUUCUGGAAGGGCGAGGGCUGCUGGAAGCGCGAGGCGACGCCCUGGUGCUUCUGGAAGGGCGAGGGGUGCUGGAAGCGCGGCGUCGAGAUGAGCAAGCGCGAGGCCGAGGCGAACCCCUGGUGCUUCUGGAAGGGCGAGGGCUGCUGGAAGCGGGCCGACGAGGCCAGCUCGGCGGUCGACAAGCGCGACGCGGCCCCGGCGUUCUGCCCCUUUGGCGGCGAGGCCGGGUCCGUGUGCUACGCCUCCAAGCGCGACUUCAUCGAGGCCGACAGGCGCGCCUGUGAGGAGCCCGGCCAGGCGUGCCACAAGGCCCGCACCGCCGCCGAGGCCCUCAUCCGCGCCAUCGAGGACGGCGGUGAGGCCGAGGCCGUCUCCAAGCGCGACGUCUCCCAGGACCUCGAGGCCCGCUGGUGCUUCUGGAAGGGCGAGGGCUGCUGGAAGCGCGACGGCAUGGACGAGGUCGUCGCCCGCUGCAACAGCCCCAGCGGCGCCUGCACUGCUGCCCGCCGCGACCUGACCAGCAUGCACGCCGCCGCGCGCAACCUCCUCGACUCUCUUGACGCCGAGGUCGUGUAG